AUGUUUACCAUAGGCGAGAUAGUUCGCUACGGUCCAAAUCGCUACUCCUUCUCCUCACCAGGCGCCCAAAAGACCAUCUACGGUCAUGGCGCCAAAUUCCCAAAAUCCUCGUGGUACGCGACGUGGCAGAACCCACAUCCUGACCAAUGGUCUCUCUUUGCCGACCAGUCUAUACCACGACACAGCGAAAACCGGCGCCAAUACCAAAGCGCAUACACCAUGUCCUCGCUUGUCAACUACGAGUCAUAUGUUGAUGAGUGUGCGGACCUAUUCAGCCAGCGCCUCCAAGAGGUAGCGAGUGCGGGCGCGUAUGCCGAUAUGGGACAUUGGCUUCAGUGUUACGCCUUUGAUGUUAUUGGAAUGAUAACUUUCUCCAAGCGACUGGGCUUCUUGGACAAGGGUGAGGAUAUCCGUGGCAUCCUUGUGGCUCUCGAGGAUCUCUUGUGGUAUGCCACUCUUACAGGCACCUACUCCUGGCUGCACAAAUACCUAGCUCCGAUUAGGAACUUUCUGGCUGGGCCAAAAGGAACAGGAAGAGCGUAUGUGAUGAAAUUCACACAGGAAUGUAUUAUGGAGCAUCAGCAGGAACAUGCCAAGGGUAUACCCGUCGACGGUGCUGAAGAAGGAAAAGGAACAAGCAUGGACUUUUUGACCAAGUUCUUCAAGAAGAAUGCGGAUGAUCCAAAGUCGUUCUCCAUGUACCACCUCACAGUGGGCUGCGUAUCAAACAUGACCGCUGGUUCAGAUACUACAGCCAUCAGUCUCUCUGCAAUCCUGUACUACAUGCUCAAGAACCCACAGACCUUUGAGACACUGCGUCAAGAGAUCGACGAGCGGCAACGCGAGGGAAAGAUUGGCCAUUACAUCACGUUCAAGGAAAGCCAGGAUAUGCCCUAUCUUCAGGCCGUUAUGAAGGAAGCGCUGCGGAUGCAUCCCGCCACGGGCCUACCACUUGAGCGCGUAGUACCCGCUGGAGGAGCAAGCAUAUGUGAUCGAUUCUUUCCCGAGGGCACAAUCGUCGGAACCAACUCCUGGGUCGCCCAUCGCGACACGUCAGUUUUCGGUCCUGACGCACACAUGUUCAGGCCUGAGCGCUGGCUCAGCUCCGACAAAGAGAAGCUUAGUCUCAUGGAGCGAAAUUGGAUGCCGUUAGAAAUGUCCAAGCUAAUACCCAUGCUGGUGCGCGACUUUGACUUUUCUCUCGCCCCCCACCUGCAGGCUGCGGACUGGGAAACGACGAAUUACUGGUUUGUUAAACCGAGGGAUUUCCAAGUCAAGGUCAUGGUACGACAACAGGGACGCUGA